UCCCCGCGGAGUAUCCAUUGCUUCAUCCUGCCUCCGUUCAUCGCACCCGAGGGCGAGCAGCGUUGUGUUUAUGUCUUUAUUGGACGAAAACGAGCUGUUGCGCAGCCAUUGGUACCUGUAUUGGGGAAACAUAGCAUACAAACAAGACGCUCACAGCCUCGCUGGCGAAAUUAUUUUCAUGUCAGAGACCGAGAACUCUUGCAGCCGUUUAUGUCAUCCAGUCUUCUCCAGACAGAAGAUACCAAAAAGUUGCAAUCAAAGAUCUUUUCCUCUUAUUGAAAGGGCUACUAAUAAACAGACAUGUCUGUCAACGUCAACCGCAGUGUUUCCGAUCAGUUCUAUCGGUACAAAAUGCCCCGUUUGAUUGCCAAGGUAGAGGGCAAAGGAAAUGGAAUAAAGACAGUAAUAGUCAACAUGGUUGAUGUUGCAAAGGCGCUUAAUCGGCCUCCAACGUAUCCCACCAAAUUUUUUGGUUGUGAGCUGGGUGCACAGACCCAGUUUGAUGUUAAGAAUGACCGUUACAUUGUCAAUGGAUCUCAUGAGGCAAAUAAGCUGCAAGACAUGUUGGAUGGAUUCAUCAAAAAGUUUGUUCUAUGUCCAGAAUGUGACAAUCCAGAAACUGAUCUGCAUAUCAAUGCAAAGAAACAAACAAUAGGCAAUUCCUGUAAAGCUUGUGGUUACCGAGGCAUGCUGGACACCAACCAUAAACUCUGUACUUUCAUUCUCAAAAACCCACCAGAGAACGCAGAUGGCUGUACAGGCAAAAAGAAGGAAGAUAAAAAAAACAAGAGGCUUAAAGAAAAUGGUUCUGGGUCCAACAACGAAACAGCAAUUCUAACGGAACUUAAUCCUCCACAUGUGGCAGAUGAUGAUGAUGAAGACUGGGGUGAAGACACAUCUGAAGAGGCUAUGAAACAGAGAAUGGAGGAAAUAAGUGACCAUGCAAAAAAUCUGACUCUAAGUGAGGACUUGGAAAAACCUGAAAAGGAAAGAGUAAAUAUUCUGUUUAACUUUGUAAAGAAAAAGAAGGAAGAGGGCCUCAUUGACUCAUCCGAUAAAGAGAUUCUUGCCGAAGCUGAAAGACUCGAUGUAAAAAUUUUGGGUCCUCUAGUCUUAACAGAAGUUUUAUUUGAUGACAAGAUAAGAGAGCAGAUCAAGAAAUACAGGCGACACUUCCUGCGUUUUUGCCAUAAUGAUAAGAAAGCCCAGAGAUACCUACUCCAUGGCUUUGAAUGUGUUGUGGAUAUGCACCAGUCAAACCUUCUUUCCAAAAUACCACAUACCUUAAAGGAAAUGUACGAUGCAGAUCUCUUAGAAGAGGAGGUGAUCAUCAGCUGGGCUGAGAAGCCAUCCAAAAAAUAUGUCUCUAAAGAGCUUGCCAAAGAUAUUAGAGCGAAGGCCGAGCCCUUCAUUAAAUGGCUGAAGGAAGCGGAGGAAGAGUCUUCCGGUGACGACGAUGAUGAUGACGACGACGAUGAGAAUCUUGAGGUUGUGUAUUCCACAUCUGUGAGCAUUCCGAAAGUGGAGACCGUGAAAUCGUCUGUUGAAAAGGAUGACGACAUCGAUAUUGACGCCAUUUAAAGUGAAUCUGGUUAAAGUUGUUCACUUUCUGCUUUUUACGCCUGAAGUGCAACAUGUAUGUGAUUUAAGCUGUGCUAGCUGAACAUCAUGCUAAGCUUUUGUAUGCUUUAAAAGUUUCUUUCUACUGUGAUUUGGUCUUCAAUAACUAAGCUUCACUAAUUAAAGUGCAUAAAAAAACUGAACAGACUAUGUUUUGUCUAUAGCAUGUAAUUCCCUUUUAAAAUUUAGUGUUAACUGCACAUUUAUACAGUGUUUGAAUAAAGGUUUUGUUUUUGUUCA